AUGUCUGAUGCAGGUGGAGAAACUUGCGAAACAACUGACUAUUCGAAAAUGAAGGUGAACGAUUUAAAGAAAAUAUUAAAAAAUAGGGGAUUACCAAUGACUGGAAAUAAGCAAGAAUUAGUCGAAAGGUUGCAGUCAAUAGAAGCACCAUCCGAGGAUCUUCUGGAUGGUAGUGAUGGUGAAGAUGUAUUAGAGGAUGGUGAUCUUGAGAGGGAGUUAGAUGAAUCUUGCUUGAUGGGGGAUGAUACAGUUAUGGAGAAAAACCAAGAUAAAACAGAAAGCACUGAAAAAGAAGAAAAACAUGAGGAAAAAGAAGAACCAGCUAGCUCUUCACCUGUAAAAGCCCAGGCCACUGAGGCGCUACAAACACCUGAAGACAAUCCGACGAAUGGAACUUCUAAUGAGGAAGCUGAAGUACCAAAUACAACCCAACAAAAGCGGAAAAUAUCAUUAAAAGCUGGUGGCAGUGACACUUCUGAGGCAGAUAAGAAAAAGUUAAGAGCAGAGAGAUUUGGUGCUGGUGCCGAAGGUCCUCCGGCAAAGGCAGAUGCUCUUGUUAAAAGAGCGGAACGCUUCGCCGCCAACAGCACGACCACCAGCACAACGGCUACCUCUGACAAGACAAAAAUUCCUGUGAAUGAGGCCUUAAAGAAACGAGCUGAGAGAUUUGGCAUACUUUCCCCUGCAGAGAUCAAGAAGCAGCACUUGGAAAAAUUGCAGGCCAGGAAGUUACGGUUCGGAAACGCUCCCGCUACCACAACAGUAACGACUAAAGUUACGGCGGCUAUAACGGCCGAGAAGACUACAGCCCCUGUAACCCUUCCAGCUGGAGUGAAACCUACUCAACUUAGCGCUGAUGAGAGGAAGAAACUGAGGGCUGAGAGGUUUAAGUUGAAUUAA